GUCCGAGGUCCACUUUGAGAGCCGGGGAUGCGUUCGAGGAAGGCCGUAGCAAGUGGGAGCGCGUCGGAGAUGUGAGGAAUAGGAAGAGUUCGGUGAUAUCGAGCAGCCCGUGCAUUGACACGACCUCUUGACCUCAUCUUCAGCAUGAAUGGUGAUAUGCCUCAUGUCCCCAUCACUACUCUCGCUGGAAUUGCUAGCCUGACUGACUUGUUGAACCAGCUGCCCUUGCCUUCUCCUCUCCCGGCCACUACUGCUAAGAGCCUGCUCUACAAUGGAAGGAUCUCCGAAGAGGUCAGCAGCCUCCUGGUGUGUCGGGACGAAAAUCUGGUGACUCAGCUGGCACAUAGCCUUACCCAGGUCUCCACUGAACACAUAGAGUUGAAGGACAACUUGGGGAACGAUGAACCCGAGGGUGAAAUGCCAAUACUUCUACAAACGCUGCUCUCCAGGAACCCCAAAGUCUUUGGGGACAAAAGUGUGAUGCAGCAGCCGAUGAUGCAACAGUAUAAGAUAGCCCAGAAUCAAAUGCAUGGAAGUCCAGGAUCGAAUUAUCAGCAGACCGCUGGUCCUCAAAGCCCCCCUGGAUGUUUUGCGUCCCCGCAGUCUGGGUCAGCGUCUCGGUUCGUUACCCAGCAGAACAGCCCCAUACCCAGUCCCUAUACUCCCCAGAGUCCUGCAGACUACAUGCAGUACAAUCCACCCAGUUAUUCCCAGCACCAUCAGACUCAGCAAGCCACUGGUGGUAUAAGAAAUAGCCAUGACAACAAGGUCUCUGGUCUCUCGAGUAGUUCUUCUAAUCACAAUGCAAGACUGGUUACCGAUGAAGAAUACAUGAACAUGGCUCACAGACUGGGAAAUGAGGACAAUGACCCCUCUGUGAGGGCUGCUGCAUAUCGAGUCAAAUCACCGCUGUCUGUGUGUUCCUCUGCUGGAAGUGAAGAAAUGGCAAAAACAGGAUCCAGGCCUGACCUGCUCCUCACCUCUGGCAACCGCAAAAAGAAGCAGAGAGAGAGAAGCAAAGAGGAAAAUGAGCAGAUGGAUAAAAAUAGCUUGUACGACAUUGUUGGUUCCCCAGAAAAAGACUCUGCCAAGCUGACGUUAAAGUUGUCCCGAGUGAAGAAUCCAGAUAUUGAUGAAUCCAGAGAAUUUCCUCCGCGGGCACAUAUGGACUCAGACCAUGAAAUUAAUUUGAUGAAUAAUAAUCAGUUGUCAAGGGACGCUCAGGACUUUUCACACAAGUUUGGUGCUGCGGAGCAGGUGAACUGUCAGCCGGCUCCUGUUCGACCAAACACCAGGGAGAUUGCAGUCGUCGUCGGCCCCCCGUAUGAUGAUGCGGAGAUGGAUGCAAUUGCAGAAAUUGAGAGAAUAGAAAGCGAGACAGCCAAUGAGAGAGAACGCUGGUCUAAAGAAGUCCAGGAUAAAGACAAGCCACUGAAGAAACGGAAGCAAGACUCAUAUCCUCAGGAAUCCGGAGCAGAGGCAGGUGACGGACCUGCUGUACAAGGAGGCAACACUGGCAGCAAGGUGACACCCAAGAAGACCAAUCCCACAAGUAACUGUGCCACUCGGCCGGCUUUGAUGGUCAGUAUUGACCUGCAGCAAGCUGGCAGAGUGAUCGGACAACCUGUCGUGGUUUUGGAAGCAAAUCCGUUGUGUGAUGACCAUCUGAAACACCUCAAUUCAAAGGCUGAUGGGAAGGUAGACAAAGUUGUUGAAAACAAACCUGGGAUCAACAAAAAGCAUUCUGAAAAUCCCAAAGAAAGAAUUCAAAAAAAGUCGGCCUCAGAUGGUACGCCAGAGAAGCAGGAAGCCUCUCUGGUUGUUAAACAGAAGCAGGAACACCAGCGGGAAUCCAAACACAAACAUGAUGGCAAGACUGAGAGCGGUAACGGACGCUCCGAGGAAAGACGGACAGACACACCACGGCAAAAACAUGACAAGCAUUCAGAGUCACGCAACAAAGAGGAAAAGAACCACAACAGUCACAGAUCCCAUGUCAACCAAGCAGAGACUCCAAAAAACAUUAGUAAGAUGGAGCGUAACUCCAAACAUGGAGAGGACAAAGCCAAGGAUAAAGAAAAGGAUAAAGAAAAGGAGAAGGAGAAGGAUAAAGACAAAGACAAAGAUGGAAAUAAAGAAAGAGAAAAAGAUAGAGAGAAGGACAGGGCCAAACACAGAGAAAGGGAUAAAGAUAGAGAUAAAGGUAAAGAUAGAAAUAGCGAUAGAGAUAGGGACAAAGAGAAAGACAGGGAAAGGAAACACAAGACACAGUCAACAGAAAACAGCAACAGACACUCUCCUGAACGUAAUGCGAAAUCCGACAGCCCGAGAGUGAAGCAAGACGGGAGCAGAAAGUCCGCUGACUUUAAUGGUCGUCAGAAGACGGACACCUCCGGCCUUCAGAGCCCCCAAAAUAAAAAAGAAGAAAGAGGCGGGGAUGGCAGCGCCAGAGGCCAAACUGGAAACAAACAGCAGCCGCUGGAGACCAAACCGAGCGAGUUCCCCUCAUUCCUGCUCGGUGGCAAGACAGGGAGUUUCAAGAACUUCGUCAUUCCCAAAUUGAAACGAGACGGGAAAGAAAAAGAGCCACCACCUCCAAACAAAUUGAAAGAGGUCUGGAGCGAACCCCUCAUCCGACUGGAGAGAAUGUCUUUGGUAGAGAACUUAAACAAAGGAGCUAAGCCCGUGGUUGUGGUUCAGAAACUCAGUGUUGACGAGGUGAAAAAGAUCAUCAAGGAAAGCAGGAACGCACACGGCUCCAAAUCCAGGAACUCGUCCUCCUUUAGUAAAUCAGGGAAAGAGAAGUCACUUUCUGAGAAGACAAACAAGCGAAGGCACAGUGUCGUCAGCAAGAAAUUGAAGUACGCCGAGUUGGACUCCAGUGAUGAAGACAAAGAUGAUGAUGAAGACUAUGACUCUGAAAAUAAAUCUGCAAAGAAACGGCACAAGAAAGACCAUGACAAGACCUCGAGGCAGGAAGAGAGGAAAGAGCACCGUCAAAGCGGAGGUGGUCAAAACGUUCGCCGGGGUUCCGGUAACCGUGCUCGUGAUCGGAGCCCGGCUGAAUCGGAUGAAGAAUCUCCACCGCCAAGCCUAAGUGAUGUUGCCAAGAAAUUGAAGAAAAAAGAGAAACAUAAAAACAAGAAGGCGUACGAUCCCAAGAUGACACUGGAGGAAGUUAUGGACUCCUCCGUAUUUAAGAGAUUCGCAGCCAGUAUGGAUAGCAUCCUCGAGAACCUUGAUGACGUGGAUCUUACUGCUGAAGAUGAUGAUGAAAUACCUCAGGAGCUCUUGCUGGGAAAGCAACAGUUGAACCAGCUUGCGAACGAUUCUGCUAAGAUAAAAGCUAUGGGCAUCUUUAACAAGUUCUCUUCAAGCAAACUGAUGAAAAUACUCAAUGUCCUGGAGAAGAACAUUCAGGACAGUGUCAAACUCUCCACGUUAUUGGGUCAUGAUAAUGAUUCCAUGGACGAGGAGCGGCUGUGGCGCGACCUCAUCAUGGAGCGGGUGAUCAAGUCCGCCGAUGCCUGUCUGACUGCGCUCAACAUCAUGACGUCUCCACACAUGCCCAAGGUUGUGUUCAUGGAGGAUGUGAUCGAGAGGGUGUUGCAGUUCACCAAGUUCCAUCUGCAGAGCUCUCUGUACCCUCAGUACGACCCGGCCUACAGGGGGGAUCCCCACGGAGGUGGGAUGCACACACCAAAGUCCAAGCGAGGAAAAGGCUCCAGCCACAAACAGAAGGUGGUGGUCAUGCUCUACAGCAAAGUGUGUGAAAUCGUCAGCGGCAUCGCGGAGCUCCUGGAGUUACAGCUGCAAACGGACACCACCAUUCUCCAGGUGUCUACUCUGGGCAUUACUCCGUUUUUCGUGGAGAACGUCAACGAGCUGCAGUUAUGCGCCAUCACGCUGGUGACAGCAGUCUUCUCUCGUUACGAGAAACACAGGCAGCUCAUUCUUGAAGAGAUCUUCACCUCCCUUGCCAGACUGCCUACUAAUAAACGCAGCCUCAGGAACUUCAGGCUGAACAACGGGGAUUCGGAUGGAGAGACCGUGUACAUCCAGAUGGUCUCAGCUCUGGUUCUUCAGCUCAUCCAGUGUGUGAUUCACCUUCCCUCUGUGAGAGAAACAGAGGAUGAACCUCACAAGAAGGUGGAUAAAGACGUCCUUAUCACAAACACGUUUGAAACUGCCAUGAGGACAGCGCAGAACUUCCUCUCAGUGUUUCUCAAGAAGUGUGGCAGUAAGCAGGGAGAGGAGGACUACAGGCCCCUGUUUGAGAACUUUGUUCACGACCUCCUGUCCACGAUCAACAAGCCCGAGUGGCCUGCAGCUGAACUGCUGCUCAGUUUACUGGGCCGGCUGUUGGUGCAUCAGUUCAGCAACAAACAGACAGAAAUGGCUCUCAGGGUGGCGUCUCUGGACUACCUCGGCACUGUAGCGUCCCGACUGCGUAAAGAUGCUAUAGCAAGCAACAUGGACCAAAAGGUUAUUGACCGCAUACUCAGAGAGACGCCAGGCAGUGAUGAGAUCCAGCAACUUCAGAAGGACUUAUUAGAUUACCUAGAUGAGAGCAGUGACAAAGAUUCAUCUCUAUUGUUUGCCAGGAAAUUUUAUAUUGCCCAGUGGUUCAGGGAUGCAACAAGCGAGGCAGAGAAAGCUAUGAAGUCUCAAAAUGAGGACGAGAACUGGAAAGGUCACAGUCAUUCCAAGGAUGUCGACUCGACUGAGGAGAUUAUGCAGAGAGCCGAUGCACGAAAGAAAUUCCUACGCAAGGUCGUGAAGACUUCACAAUCACAUUCCAGUGCUCUGAGGACAAACGCAAUAGACUACGAUGAUUCAUGUGUAAUCGUCAGAUAUCUGGCCUCUAUGAGGCCUUUUGCCCAGAGCUUUGAUAUUUAUUUAUCACAGAUUCUGAGAGUUUUGGGUGAGAGUGCUAUCGCAGUCAGAACUAAAGCCAUGAAGUGUCUGUCUGAAGUAGUGGCUGUGGAUCCAAGUAUUCUGGCACGGUUGGAUAUGCAGCGUGGGGUUCAUUGUCGCCUCAUGGACAACUCAACCAGUGUGCGAGAGGCAGCUGUGGAGCUCCUGGGCCGUUUUGUGCUAAGUCGACCUCAGCUCAUUGAGCAGUACUACGACAUGCUCAUUGAGAGGAUAUUGGACACAGGUAUCAGUGUGAGGAAGAGGGUCAUUAAGAUCCUGAGGGAUAUCUGCCUGGAGCAACCAGACUUCCACAAGAUCACGGAGAUGUGUGUGAAGAUGAUCCGAAGAGUCAAUGACGAGGAGGGGAUCAAGAAAUUGGUGAAUGAGACUUUCCAGAAACUCUGGUUCACACCCACACCCGGCCACGACCAAGAGGCCAUGACCAGAAAGAUCUUGAACAUCACAGAUGUGGUGUUGGCGUGUAAAGAUACAGGCUACGAUUGGUUUGAGCAACUUCUGCAGAACCUGCUGAAGUCGGAGAAGGACGCUUCUUACAAACCUGCCAGGAAAGCCUGUGUUCAGCUGGUGGACAAUCUCGUGGAACACAUACUGAAAUAUGAGGAGUCCCUUGCAGACUGUGAGGACAAAGGGGUCAACUCAGGUCGUCUCGUAGCAUGCAUCACCACUCUCUACCUGUUCAGCAAAAUCAAAGCAGAGUUAAUGGUCAAACAUGCUAUGACUAUGCAGCCCUACCUGACCACAAAGUGCAAUACUCAGAAUGACUUCAUGCUGAUCUGCAACGUGGCCAAGAUCUUGGAGCUGGUCAUUCCACUGAUGGACCAACCGAGUGAGACUUUCCUCAAUACCCUAGAAGAAGACCUGAUGAAGCUCAUCAUCAAAUAUGGCAUGACGGUUGUACAACACAGUGUAAGCUGUCUCGGUGCGGUUGUGAACAAGGUCACACACAACUACAAGUUUGUUUGGGCUUGUUUUAAUCGCUUCUAUGGAGCUCUGGCAAAACUGAAGACCCAGCACCAGGAGGACCCCAGCAGCUCCACUCUGGUAGCGAACAAACCGACUCUCCUGCGGUCUCUGUUCACAGUGGGAGCUCUCUGCCGACACUUUGAUUAUGACCAGGAGGAUUUCAAGGGUGCCAGCAAGAUUAUCAUCAAGGACAAAGUGUUGGAGCUUCUGCUGUACUUCACCACGCAUGAAGAGGAGGAAGUCCAGAUCAAGGCCAUCAUUGGUCUAGGCUUCCAGUUCAUCAUGAACCCAGAGCUGAUGUUUGUGCAGGAUGUGAAGGUUCUGUACAACACUAUCCUCUCAGAUGAGACCACUGUGGUCAGUCGGAAGAUCCAGGUGUUAAAAAACCUGCAGACUUACCUGCAGGAGGAGGACUCCCGCAUGCAGGAGGCCGAUCGCGGAUGGAAGAAUCAAGCCAAGGAGGAGGAUCUGAAGGAAAUGGGGGACAUCUCAUCGGGCAUGAGCAGCUCCAUAAUGCAGAUUUACCUGAAGCAGGUGCUGGACUCCUUCUUCCACUCACAGUCCACUGUUCGACACUUUGCCCUGAGCGUCAUUACACUCACGCUAAACCAGGGCCUCGUCCAUCCGGUGCAGUGUGUUCCCUACUUGAUUGCCAUGGGAACUGACCCAGAGCCAACCAUGAAGAACAAGGCCGAUCAACAGCUGGUGGAUAUUGACAAGAAAUAUGUAGGGUUCAUCCAUAUGAAGGCCGUCGCAGGAUUGAAGAUGUCUUACCAGGUGCAACAGGCCAUAAUUGGACCAAAGAAAACCGUGAUCCGAGGUGUACGUCCUGAUGAGGCAGACACGGCCCUCUGCUCACAUCUCUACACCUUGGUCCGGGGGAACAGGCAAUAUCGACGGGCUUUCCUCAUUUCCCUGCUCAACCUGUUUGAUGACAGCUCUAAAACGGAGGCGAACAUGCUGCUUUUCAUAGCAGACAACUUUGCCUGCUUCCCCUACCAGACCCAGGAGGAGCCUCUCUUCAUCAUGCACCACAUAGAUAUCACUCUCUCUGUCUCUGGUAGCAACCUUCUUCAGUCUUUCAAGGAGUCGUUACGGAAAGAGCCUGUACAGCGGGAAAAGAAGAUGAAAAAGAAGAAGAAAAAGAAGAAGAAGAAGAAGAAGAAGCAGCACCGGAGGAUGGAAAAUAGCUCUGAUGAAGAGGAGGAUGAGAAGCAGAGCAGCAGCAGCUCCAGCAGCAGUAGCUCUAGCAGCAGCGAAGAGGAGGAAGAGGUGGUCCACAAGAGUAAGAAAUCAGCGGGUUCGGACUCUGACAUGGAGGGUGAGGAUGCAGUGAUGGACCGUCUACCUGAGAACCCCAGCCCGCUGCUGGACUUCGCCAACGCUUCCCAGGGUAUUCUGCUGCUGCUGGUGCUUAAACAACAUCUGAAGAAUCUGUAUGGCUUCUCAGACAGCAAAAUCCAGAAGUAUUCUCCAACUGAAUCUGCAAAAGUGUACGAAAAGGCAGUGAACAGGAAAUCCAAAGUCCACUUCAACCCUCGCCAGACACUGGAAUACCUGAAGAGUGAUCUAGCCGUCACGGAUCUCAGUCAUGAGACCAAGAGGAACAUUGUGAAACAGUAUUUGGAUUUCAAGGUACUCAUGGAGCACUUGGAUCGUGACGAAGAGGAGGAGGGGGAGGCGAGUGCAAACGCCAGAAACAAAGUCAUUACUUCACUGUUGAAGGGCCCGAAACUCCAGAACCACAAUCACAAUAAUCACACUGCCCCGGUGGACACAGACGAAGAGGAGAGUGACGAUGAAGAUCAGCCUGGAAGGAAACCGAGGAAAGGCAAGGAUGGCGUCGAGGAUUCGGGUCACGUGAAUGAGGGAGUGGACGCCAUGGACGUCAUCGCCAUCUGCCGUCCCAAAUACAAAGACAGACCACAGAUUGCCAGGGUCAUCCAGAAGACCAAAGCUGGCUACAGUAUACAUUGGAUGACUGGGAGUUACUCUGGGCCAUGGGCUGUGGCAAAGAAACGGGACGGUCGCAAAAAGGUGCCUUGGGUCGACACUAUCAAGGAGUCGGAUAUUAUUUAUAAGAAAAUCUCUUUGACAGGCGGACACAAGCUCUCAAACAAAGUGGCACAGACGUUACGGGCGCUGUACGCUGCCAAGGAGGGCAACUGACAUCUCUCAGACAGAGAACCCCUUCACAGUCCAAGUCUUUGUGGAUCCAAUAUGUUACUCGCAGAAAGGAAGACGAAAACCUCUUGAGAUUUAAGGACCCGUUGGAAGUGUUGUAAACACUGAUCUGUUUUUGAGUACAGACAUGUUUAAGUUAAUCACAAGAAGGAAAUGUUGGGAAAACAUUGUGUGGGAGUUCCUUCGCUGUUGUGCAGCAACUCGGUUGUUUGAUUUUUACUCCCACUGUAUCAUAGUUUAACUAAACACAUGUUUAUAUCUGAACAUACUUCUGUAAAAAAAAAAAGUUAAGUGAAUGUUGGAAAUUAGUGUAGUGAUGAUGUUCUUAAUAAAGUGUUUUUGGAGUUUAAUCUAGCACCAGAUGGAUUUAUUCACAACUUUAAGCUGCGUUCUGUUUUUUCUUGUUCCAGACAUUUUAUUGUUUACCCACACUGUGUACAUAUCUUUGAUAUGAUUUAUUUAUGUUAAGAUCAGUGCAGUAUCUGUGCCUAAAUGCGGGGGGAGGUUAUUUUGUUUUUAAUAUAGAUUUUGAUGUUAUAGAGCCAAAAAAAAGGUGACCCCCUGCUCUUCCGGUGAAACAAAUACUGCAAUAAAAUUUUCUUAUGUCCUUG